UAGGUUCUUUGCAAAAGAAGCUAAAGUCUUCAUUUUUACUCGUUAUUCCCUCCGAUGGCUACCGAAGGCCAAACUUUUCCACCCCAAAAGCAACCAACCCAACCAGGGAAAGAACAUGUCAUGGACCCUUCUCCUCAAUUUACAAGCUCCCAAUACAAGCCCUCCAACAAACUUCUCGGCAAGGUGGCCCUCGUGACCGGUGGUGACUCGGGGAUCGGUCGAGCCGUGUGCCAUUGCUUUGCACUCGAGGGUGCUACCGUCGCAUUCACCUAUGUUAAGAAGCAAGAGGAUAAGGAUGCUAAAGAUGUGCUUGAGAUUCUUCGGGAGUGUCAAGCGGCUGACGCCAAACAACCAAUUGCAGUCGGUGCGGAUUUGGGGUUUGACGAAGAGUGCAAGCACGUGGUCGAUGAGGUCGUGAAGGCUUAUGGCCGGAUUGAUAUUUUGGUUAACUCUGCGGCGGAGCAACAUAAGACCAACUCUGUGGAAGAGAUUGAUGAGAAGAGGAUUGAGAGAGUUUUCCGAACCAACAUAUUUUCUCAGUUCUUCAUGGUCAGGCAUGCGUUGAAGCACAUGAAAGAAGGAAGCUCAAUCAUCAACACAACGUCGGUGGUUGCCUACAAGGGUAACCCUAAGUUGCUAGAUUACACGGCUACAAAAGGCGCCAUUGUUGCCUUCACUAGAGGUCUUGCCCUUCAGUUGGCAAAUAGAGGGAUAAGAGUGAAUGGAGUUGCACCAGGUCCGAUAUGGACACCGUUGAUCCCCGCUUCAUUUGACAAUGAAGAUAUCGAAAGCUUUGGAUCUGAAGUUCCAAUGAAGCGAGCAGGGCAGCCAAUCGAGGUCGCUCCAUCGUAUGUCUUCCUAGCAUGCAACCACUGUUCUUCCUACUUCACUGGCCAAAUCCUCCACCCUAAUGGUGGGAGUAUUGUGAAUGGGUAGAUAAUGUGAAUGAAGUGUUGGAUCAUUCCGAAAGAUGUUGAUGCCCUUCUUGAAUAUCAAGGCUACUUGUGUGCUUUGUUCAUAAUGUGUAUUUUAGAUUUCUCUUUUUAAAAAUACGAAGUGUUUUUAUAUGUGCAUUUGAAUAAAUUUAGAACUUUUUUUCUUA